AUGUUGAUCGAAUCUUAUGUAGCUUGUCGUAGAUUUGAGAUCAAGUCAGUUUAUGUAAGAAACGUCCGAACGACAAUGGCUUCUUCUGAAAUAAGGGAAGCAUUCAAGAAAUUUGGUAAACUCAGGCCUGAUGGUGUGGCCAUAUGGACCCGAAAGGACAUAGAUGUAUGCUAUGCUUUUGUCGAAUUUGAAGAUAUCUCAGGAGUGCAGAAUGCUAUCAAGGAGGGCAAAGUCUUUUGGGUCGUGGGUCUGGACAAGUCGAACAUUAUUACAACAGAGCUAGGGUUAAUAGUAAUGGUUUCCAUAGGCAACUUCCUGCUAGAAACUGUUGGGUUCGUCUGUACCAUACGGGUUAUA